AUGGCAAACGGGAACAACUGGACAUCGCCGAAUCAUUUGGGCGUGAUAGGAUUCACGGUUCAGUUCGUCACCGAGGAUCAUGCCAUCAUGGAGUUUGUGCGAGAGUAUGGAAUAGCCUCCAAGAUUGGUUACUUCAUGAUGGAUAACGCAUCCAAUAUGAACACAAUGAUCGACAAAGUCAGCGACGACCUGGAACGUGAGUUCGACGUUUUCUACGACCCCCUCCAGCAUCGACUUCGCUGUUUCGGCCACAUCAUCAAUCUGGCGGUGAUGGAAUUCCUCAUAGGUAAGCGUCCGCGCACGAUCGAGUCCUAUCACGGCCCAUCCGAAGAUGAGAUCGAACAGUGGCGGACACGAGGGGCGAUAGGGAAAUUCACAGGUCUCAGUGAUGGUCUGCGGCUUCGGCGGGAUAACGACACCCGUUGGAACUCGUGGUACAACAUGGUCGAAUGGGUUCUCAGACCAAAAAUUCGUCAAGCCAUUACUGUGUUCUGCUCCGAGGAGCCUGCGCUGCAAGAAGAUGCCUUGCACCCGUGCGAUUGGAUUGUUUUGGCCGAGAUCCAUAAAUUCCUCGAGCCCUUUCACGACGCUACUAUUGCCAACGAAAGCUGGAAAAAGUCCAUUUCCGAUGUCCUACCUACCAUGGACUACCUUUUGCACCAUAUCGAAGCAGCCAGAAAUACGACCGAUAUACCUCACCUAGCCACGAUGAUGGAGACAGCAUGGGCAAAAUUAGCCGACUACUACGAGCUCACAGAAGAUUCACCUGUCUAUUCGGCCGCGACAGUCUUGAAUCCUUCUCUCAAGUGGACAUAUCGCACGGAGGAUGAGCAAGUGGGCAUAAAGAUCAGGGACUGGAAGACUCUUGAUUCUGCUAUCUAA